AUGGGUGCUAUCUCUGCCGUCUUCCUUAUCCUCAUUACAAUCUUCUUCCCUCCCAUCGGCGUCUGGGCCGUUGCAGGAUGUGGCAUGGAUCUGUUCAUUAACAUCUGCUUGACUCUUCUUGGCUUCAUUCCGGGUCAUAUUCACGCCUUCUACCUUGAGUACAUCUACUACGAUCGCCGAGAACAGGCGCGCGAGGGCCGUUUUGCGACAGGACCUGCGCCUGGCAUUUACUCCGACAACGUGCAAACUGGUGGACAGGGCUAUGGAACAAUGGGGCGUGCAGCAUAA